AAAAUGCACAGGCUGCCAGACACGUAAAUUUAAGAUCCUCUCAGACUCUCUCUCUCUCUGUGUUCAUGUUCUAUAUAUCUCCUCUCCUCUUAGACACACACGAGAUAUUCGAGGAAAUAUUUGAUUGAUUAAUGGGGAAGAAAAGCUACAUAAGGAUGAAAACGGAACAAAAAGCGAGCGAGUUGAUCAGCGCUGAUCUUACUCAGCUUCGAUACGCCGCCAAAAAGCUCGGUACCGAUGCUAUCAACCUUUGCAGCUUGGGCCUCGGUACCUCUUUGCUCGAAUGGGUUGCUUCUUUCGCUGCAAUUUACUUGUUGAUUCUGGAUCGAACAAAUUGGAAAACAAACGUUCUUACAGCUCUACUCAUCCCAUACAUCUUCUUGAGCCUUCCUUCACUGCUGUUCAGCAUCUUCAGGGGAGAGAUUGGGAGAUGGAUUGCUUUUGUUGCUGUUGUGUUGCGCCUUUUCUUCCCCCGCCAUUUCCCAGAUUGGCUAGAACUUCCAGGAGCGUUGAUUCUUUUGAUGGUCGUGGCUCCUAGCUUGAUUGCAGAUACCUUAAGGGACAGCUGGGUUGGGGUGCUGAUAUGUCUUGCAAUAGCAUGUUAUUUGCUACAAGAACACAUCCGGGCAUCUGAUGGGUUCAGAAAUUCUUUCACAAGAGCCAAUGGCUUAUCAAACUCGAUUGGUAUAAUCCUUCUGUUGGUUUAUCCCGUCUGGGCACUUGUACUUGAUAUCCUAUAGCCUCACUGUUAGCAGCUUCGAGGUGUGUGUUUUUAGUGAACCCUCUGUCUUGUAUCAUUUCUUUACAAAAACCUACAAAUUCCUUACCAUUGUUGUGUUAUUCAGAUAUGUUACCAUUUGCAUCUUCAUAAAUCUGAAUGGAAAAAUUGUGUUUCAUUCUGUUGAAUUUAUAAAAGAACAACGUUAAUUUUCU